AUGAACUCGAGUAAACCCAAGUCCAAAUCCAAGAGUUCUGCUACCCAAGAGAAGAGCCAGCCUUCUGUUGCUCCUUCUCUUUCUUCAGACUUCCCUGGACUCCUCCAGAUAGAAGCACUGAUGAAAGAAGCUGGAGUUUCCGAAUGGGAUCGAGGAGUAUCCUUCCAAGUCCACGACAUGGCCGUGCAGAUGAUAAAAAGUAUAAUCAAAAACGCGGAGGCAAUAAAAGAGCACAGAGAAGGAAAAGCAGUUGAGGAUGAGGAUUUGGACGUUGCAAUCGAAAGCUUUCGUAAGUUUAGAGAACUUUAUUCAUAUUACAGAAGCUUUUUCAAAGCAACGAGAAAAUGAAAAAAAGCGAAAAUAUCUUAAUUCUACUUAUUUGUAAUCCUCAAAUAUUGAACUUCUUUUUUCACCCUCAAACCUUUAUUUUCAGACGACUCCUUCACUACCGCUCCAGUCAUUGACGGAUCAGAUCCUCUCUUUAACAAUGUCCAGAUAGUAAACAACAAAGCAUUACCUCCCGUUCGGACAGAUUACGGUUACCAUCUUCCAACGGAACGAUUCCUUCAAGUCCAGCCAGACUUUGAAGUCAAUGACGACGUUUAUGAAGAGAGCCUUAAGAACGCGUUAGCCUCAAGUUAUGAGACUACAUUUCCCCCUCCGCCUCCAAAACGUCCGCAUAUGGAUACAACAGUCCAGCAAGUUCAACAUGUCCAACGGACAAUUCAAAGAGCUCCACCAUCGGAGAGCACCGGGACUUUUCGAAUUACCCUUUCGUCUGGACCUUCAACAGCUUCCGCAGCUCCCAGCGGAUACUCUGCACCUCCGCAGAAUCAACAGUAUGUCCAGAUCGAAAGUCAAGUUCAUCAUGAAGCGGUUAGUGCAGAAAUGGAAGGGAGAUUGGUCCAGCAGAGUCUCAGUGAGACCGAAGAAACAACGAUGCUGUCGGCAUUCCAAAGCGAAUCACAGCAGAACAAUGAUUUUGACUAG